GUGGGCCAGGCUGGCCUCGGAGCCUCUCCCUGGGUGUCGGUUGGGCCGAGAAGGGGACGGUUGGCUGGGUGGGCCUGGCGGCUGGUGGCUGUCCGUAGGCCGGGGUCACUGAGGGCAUUUUACAUUUACCCUAAUCCUGUCCACUUGGCAAGAAACUUAUUUUUUUACAGUGGCUCUGAAAUGAGAGAAAUUGCAGAAAUUCUCCCUGCUCAGGAAAAGGUAGAGGCAAGGAUUGACUUAAAGAUGGGUAAGAAGCGUGUUACUGAUCAUAAGCUAAAUGUGGACAAAGUAAUUAAAAAUAUUAACACAAUUUCUUCGGAGUUGAAGAAGAUAAAAGAGCUCUCCCAGUUAUUGCUUUGUGACCUUAUCCUACAUUUUAAUCAUCCCAUCAAGACUGAGAACUUAGCAGAAGGAGAAAGAAACAACCCCCUCUUUGAAGAGUCUAAAAUAUCAGAUGUAUCCCUUGUUUCUAACAGUUUUUCUAUCUGAUUUCUUAUUUGUUAUGAGUUUCUGUUUUAUUGUUGAACUAACAAAUAUUUGGGAGAGUUGAGUUUACUAAUUUGUAUAUAUAUAUAAUUUAAAACAAAAUAAAAAUAGUGUAAACAAGCA